AAAAUAAAACAAGUGGAAAAAAAAUGUAAUAACAAAGAAAAGUAAUGGCAAAACAAAAAAUAUUUAAAAGAAAAUCUCAAAAAAAAAAGGAAAAAAUGCAAAUCUAAAGUUUUUAUUCUAUCAUCAUUUUUCAUUAUUGUUGUUAUUGAUAUUGUUAUCAUCAAUGUAUUUGUCACCAUCAUCUACCUCCUCCUCCUCCUCUUCGUCAUCAUCAUCGUCAUCCUCACCACCACCACCAUCCAUCUUAUCAUCAUCGUCACCACUACUACCGCCACCACCACCACCACCAUCAUCAUCAUCACUUGUCACCAUCAUCAUCAGCAUUACCAUUGUCACCAUGUAGAUUAGUGUUUCUUAACCAUUUUCCAACCAUUGGACCCCUUUAAUCCCUAUUUUACUCAGGUGGACCCUCGUAGUUGUUUGAUGUUUAAAAAUAUUCCCUGUUUUUAUGAUUAAAUAUUUUUAGGAAUUGUAUUAAAAAAAAACCAAAUUAAAAUAAUUUAUGUAUUGUAGAAAUAUAACUAAUUUAUUGCAGAUAAAUUUUAACAACAAAAUCUAAUGCGGACCCCCUAAGGGUCAUGUUGGACCUUGGCUGAGAAGCACUGACCUGGACCAUUGCAAAGAGAUUGUAGCAGAGGACCGAUUCCACCUGGCUUGCCACAUUCUCUAACUCGGUGGUUCUCAACUGUUCUUUACUUGUGGGCCCUUUGGUCCCUAUUUUACUUUGUUGAACUCCCAGAGCCCUUUGAUGUUUUUGGAAUUAAAUGUUGUUAGGAAUUGUAUAAAAACAAAUUAAAAUAUUUUGUGCAUCAUAGAAGUGUAAGCAGUUUAUUGCACGUUAAAAUUUAAUAACAAAAUCUUACAUGGCCCCACAAGGGCCACGUGGACCCCAGUUGAGAGCCACUGAUGUAGAUCAUUGUCAUUGUCAUCAUCAUUAUCAUCAUCAACGUCCUCAUAAUCAUUGUUGCCGCCAUCAUCGUCACCACCACCACCACCACCAUUGUCAUCAUCAUCAUCAUCAACAUCAUCAUUUUUAUUAUUGUUGUUAUUAAAGCAAUGGAUUGGCACAUUGAGUAGAAAGACAGGCAAGAUGCCUGGCAGAAUUUCACUUGUCUCCUUUUACAUACAGAGUUCAAAUCUCAUCUGAACUGACUUUGAUUUUGGCUCCAGUAGUGAAGUAUUUUCUGGUUCCUUUCUUUCCAGACAUCAUCACCAUCAACAUUGUUUAACAUUUGUCUUCCAUGCAGCCAGGGGUAGGAUGGUUGACAGGAACCAGCCUGGUAGAAAAACUACCCUAGGCUACAGUGUCUGUUUUGGCAGGGUUUUUACGGCUGGAUGCCCUUCCUAACACCAACCACACUGCAGAGCAGACUCAGUGCUUUUUACGUGGCACCAGCACAGGUGAAGUUAGUUUUGGCAAGAUUUUUACUGUCGGAUGCCCUUCCAAGCGUGGCACUAACAAUGGUAGGGUCACCAAGUAACUCGCAAAACAAGGAAUUAUGAGAGGAGCAGGGGAAUUUGUGACAGAGAGUCAUAAUACCUGAAAUGAGAUUAAUUGUAUGAAAGUAGCUGAGGUAUAAGUGAAUGGUUAAGAAGUUUACUUCUUAAUCACAAGGUUUAGGGUUCAAUCCCAUUGUGUGGCAUCUUGUCUAAAUGUCUUUUACUAUAAUCCUUUUGCCAACCAGGGUAUUGUACAGACAGAAACUAUGUGGAAGACCACUGGAUAGAUAUAGCACCUGUAAUUGAAAUGUCCAGCUUUCUUAUUUUCUUAUGUUAAUUCCAUCUGAGAAAUGCAGUGUUGGUGCAGAUGUUCAUAAAGUUCUUGAUGCAGCAGCUCAAACCAUGUUGGUAACUAAAAGAAGAGAAAACGGUCAAACUUUAGCUACAUGAAAACACAAUCACCACCUUACUGGCAGUAUAUAUAUAUAGAUAUAUCUAUCAUCAUCAUCAGCAUCGUCGUUUAACAUCCGCCUUUCAUGCUAGCAUGGGUAGGACAGUACCACAAGAGCCAGCCAGGCCGAAGCCUGCACCAGACUUCUGUGACUGUUUUGGCAGGAGUUUUACAGCUGGAUGCCCUGCCUAACACCAACCACUUUACUAUGUGGACCGGGUGCUUUUUAAGUGGCACCUGCACUGACAAGGUCAACAAGUACUUGCAAGACAAACACUUUUUAAGAGGGGAGGAGGUGAUGAUGAAGGGGUUACAGUGAGACGGAUACAGGUGACUUGCUGUAGAGGAAGUACAUGGUUACCUGGCCGGAUAGAAAAACAUCAGGAAUGACGACAGGAACAGGUGUGCCGCUGCAAAGAGAAUACACGGUUGCCUAUCCUGAGGGAAGCGCAGGAGAAGGAAAGGGGGAGUAAAUAUAUAUAUAUGAGUAAGUGGACAAAUGAAAGAAAGAGCCCUCAAUACAUUUAUUGGGAGUUACAUGGAUCAUUUGGGUUAUUACCAGCCUGAUGGGAAAAGCUCCAUUAGGGCCUUCGAAACUUGAAGUAGCAUGGAAUCCAGAUCAAACUGUUUUGAAUAUAUAAUGGACUCUUCCGUCGGAAAUGCCGUUUGAGCGUUUGCCUUUUUCCACACACAUGUAUUUAUACACAAACACACACAGCAAAUUAUACAAACUGUGGUACCUCUUUGCAGCUAGGUGAACUGAGUUUAUUGACAAUUGGCCAUGGAACAAUACAAGUGACUGACAGCACAACAUGGUACCUAUUUACAGCUAGGUAGACUUAGCCAUGGAAAGAGAACUUUAGCUACUGAAGAUGGGGAUUGAACCACACAAAGCUCAAUUAAUAAUUAGGUUGAUACACAACUGAUACAGCUGUCUCCAGAUCUUAAUCAAUAUAUAUAUAUAUCAGGAUUUUAAAAUGUAAUUAAUUGCCUAUUAAAUGUUUGAGGUCAAAAGGUCAAUGUUCAUUUCUGUGAAAUAUUGUUCUUUUGGCUGUGUUAUGAGGAAGAAUUAUGUGACUUGGAUCUGAAGUAUUCCUGUAUUCACAUACAAGUCACACAUAUAUGCACAUACACACAUCUAUAUAUAUAUGUAUGUGUGGUAUGAAGCUAACUUCUCAACCACAUAGAUCUGGGUUCAGUCCCACUGUGUGGCACCUUGGGCUGCUAUCUUCUACUAUAGCCUUGGACCGACCAAAGCCUUAUGAGUGGAUCUGGAAGACGGAAACUGAAAGAAACCCGUUGUGUAUAUAUGUGUGUGUGUGUCUGUGUUUGUCCCCCUAGCAUUGCUUGACAACUGAUGCUAAUGUGUUUAUGACCCUAUCACUUAGUGGUUCAGCAAAAAGAGACCGAUAGAAUAAGUACUAGGCUUACAAAGAAUAAGUCCCAAGGUUGACUUGAUCGACUAAAGGUGGUGCUGCAGCAUGGCCGCAGUCACAUGACUUAAACAAAUAAAAGAGUAAUAGAGUAUAUAUAUAUGUAUGUAUAUAUAUAUAUAUAUUUAUGUGUCUGUCCCCCCCCCCCCAAUCAAGGUUCUACAGCCGUGGGACUGAACCUGGAACCUUACAGUUGGGAAGCAAGCUUCUAACCACACAGCCAUGUCACACCACCGCCAUACCUCUCAUUACCAGCAACAGCAGCAGCUCAUUAGCCAUAAAACAAUGAACGCUAUGAGAAUAACCAAUUAAGUGUGUUAAUAAUUAAUGAAGGUGGAGUGUCGGGUAGGGGUUGGGAUGGAGACAACCAGCUGUAUCCCAGUCGAUUAGUUGUUGUUUAGCCCCGGGUCAGUUUUGCUCCAAGCAAGCUUCUGAUCAAAAGUUUUCCAUCUGUGACCACCUUAUCAUUUAUUUUUGUUGUUUUGUUUUAAAUACAGUGUAUCUAAGGUUACAUCAUCCAAUGUCCCCAUUGUUCCUCAAUAUAGCAAGCUGUUCCUGAACCUAAGAGACAUAAAGAGUGAAUAUGCAAAGGGCUGACACCCUGACCAAGAAAGAAAGCCAAAAUUACACCACCGACGCCGAUGUUGCUGCCACCAAUGCUUCCGCCGCCAUCACCACUACAUUGUCAACACCACCACCACAACCACCAUCACCGCACACAUGCACACUGAUGGCAAAAGAGUUACAUAUUGAAGCGGAGGUGGUGAUGCUGGCAAUGUGGGGGGGGUGUAGGGUGCAAGGGGAUGGUUUAUGAUUUAUGAUGCCAGUGUAUGUAUGUGUGCACAUGUGUAUGUACAUGCAUGCAUUCUGCAUACCUGAUUAAUUAAUUAAUUAUUGCAUGAUAAGUUGUUAGGGGAAUGUGUGUAGGUAAGGGGUGGGGAAAGGGGGAUGGAGAAAGAGAAGGACAAUGACGUGACCUUUCCAUUAUACACCCAUGCUCUUAUGUAUACACACGCAAUAUGUGUAUGAAUAUGCACAUAUAUAAAUUACACAAAUUUGUGUACACAUGUAUUUUUCUAUGUAUAUUUAUGAUAUAUAUGGAUGUGUAUACAUACAUACAUGCAUAUAUAUAUAUGUGUAUGUGUGUGCUUAUGCACAUUUUAUAUGCAUAUUCAUGAUAUAUGUAUGUGUGUGUACAUAUUUACAUAUAUACAUAUACACAUAUGUGUAUGUAUAUAUAUAUAUGUAGUAUAUAUGUUUAUGUGUGUAUAUAUAUAUAUGAUCGAAUGCCACGCACUGUCUCCAAGUAAGUUUUAUAUAUAUAUCAUCAUAUAUAUAUUUAUAUAUGUACACACACACACACACACACACACACACAUAUAUAUACACACACAUAUGAUGCAGCUCUCAACAGACCGUACCAGGCUGGCCGGACAGGAUCAUUCAGACCAAGCGAAGAAUUAUGAAGUCAACAUUUUUUGCCAUGCUCACUUUCAUAGCAUAUCUGGUAAUCUUCUCACUCAAUUUCCAAAUUGUAAAGGCUGAUGAAGAUGACACGUCCCCUUACAUCGUUGAUGGAAAGGCAACGAAAAGAUGUAGCAUCCCUUAUAUUGUGAAACUGAGGAUUUUCAGAUCUAGCAAAUCCGUAGCUUAUUGCAGUGGUACAUUACUUGACAACUACCAUAUCCUCACAGCAGGACAUUGCAUAAAGAAAAAAAAAGUAAAGACAAUUCGUGUGGAUGUGAUCAUCACAUCAAAUAAGAAAACACAAAAAUUCAGAGUCAGGGAUUGGAUUAUCCACAAGGGCUACAAAUAUAAUACAAUUCUCGUGAACGACCUCGCUGUCCUGACCCUAAAGAAACCAGUUCAGUACAAUGCCUGUUUGAAACCGAUUCAGCUGCCAAAAGAAGACGACCACAUUACUCGAGUUUGCACCAUCAGUGGCUGGGGUUUUACAAAAUUUAAUGAUACACGCAUGUCGAAUUCCCUGCAUUAUUCCAACAUGGUAAUUAGAUCCCCAGAGACAUGUGAAAUGAUGGGGCCAAUGGACAGACGGUACCAUCUCUGUACGGGAGACUUCCAUGAAGGUGGGCCGAAUAUAUGUAAGGGUGACUCUGGUGGACCUCUGGUUUGUUAUUUACCCAAUAAAAAGGAAGUGCUACUCGGAGUUUCUUCAUUUAUCUUCGACUGUAAUGGAAAUUUUGCUGUGUUCACAAACGUUAUAACCUAUGUGAAAUGGAUUAAGAAACAGAUGAUGGAAUCUUGAUUAGAAUCUGCAUUUUUUGCCAUCAAACGAUCUGGAUUUAUUUUGUUUUUAUUUUCUUUAGCAUUUGACGCUUUGGCUUGAAUUUUUCAUUUAAAAAAAGACAAAAAAAGUAAAAUAAAAAAAAUGGUUUCAAUUACAGAACAAACUUGAUCUGAAAUUAUGUGCUGAAAAACUGAAAUGAUUGCUUUGUAGGAUUAGCAUGAGAGACAUUUAAACCAUG